GCGACUGCCUCAACUUACAGAACUGGCUUCUUGGGCUUCGGGAGUGUUUCCCAUUUAAACAAACAGUGCCGAAGAUGGCGGAGAGUUAAUGGUGUAAAGAAGAAAUUACCGAUUUCGGGAGAGAUAUACGUCCACAAGACUCCAUUGACCAGCCCACAUAGGACCACACCCCCAGAGCGAGGGGAGGGGGGAUCUGAUCGUCCAUCAUCUCGGCGCCGACACAAGGUGCUGAUAUGCGCACACGAUGAGCGGACUGGGGGAGAACUCCAUGGAGCCUCUGAGCUCAGAAAACCGGAAACGCAAGCUCUCCACUUGCGACACGCCUGGUCUGGGGUGCGAGAGGAAGCGGCGGGAGCAGGAGAGCAAAUACAUCGAGGAGCUGGCGGAGCUGAUCUCGGCCAACCUCAGCGACAUCGACACCUUCAACGUCAAACCGGACAAAUGCGCCAUCCUCAAAGAGACGGUGCGCCAGAUCCGCCAGAUCAAAGAGCAGGGAAAAGCAUCAUCCAACGACGACGACGUUCAGAAGUCAGACGUGUCCUCAACUGGUCAGGGGGUCAUCGACAAGGAUCACCUAGGACCGCUCCUGCUGCAGGCCCUGGACGGCUUCCUGUUUGUGGUGAACCGAGAGGGCAGCAUCGUGUUUGUGUCGGAUAACGUGACGCAGUACCUGCAGUACAAACAGGAGGAGCUCAUCAACACCAGCGUGUACAACAUUCUCCAUGAGGACGACAGAGAGGAGUUUCACAAGAACUUGCCCAAGACCAACCUAAAUGGAGUGUCGUGGGGAGGCGAGGCAGCCCGACAGAAGAGUCACACCUUCACUUGCCGGAUGCUGGUCAAAUUUGGCCAUGCCCACGGCCCCAUGGAGGAGGGGCCAGGAGGGCCCCGCUACGAGACCAUGCAGUGUUUCGCUCUCACCCAGCCCAAGGCCAUGAUUGAAGAGGGGGAAGACCUUCAGUCAUGUAUGAUCUGUGUGGCCCGGCGAGUGACAGCCAUGGAGAGAACGGAGAGUUUCAAUACCCGCCAUGAGCUCACAGGUAAACUGAUUCAGAUCGACCAGAACUCUCUGCGAGCGUCGAUGCGUCCGGGCUGGGAGGAUCUGCUGAGGCGUUGCAUUCAGAUGUUCCUUCAGCACAGUGACGGCCAGCCCUGGUCGCACAAGCGCCACUACCAUGAGGCCUUUCUUCAGGGUCACGCCGAGACGCCCCUCUACCGCUUCUCCCUGUCUGACGGCACUCCGGUCACAGCCCAGACCAAGAGCAAACUCUAUCGGCACCCCAUGAGCAACGAGCCACAAGGAUUCAUCUCUACUCACCUACUACAGAGGGAACCGAAUGGUUACCGCCCUGCACCGGGUGGGAACAUGAUGCCCAACGCUAUGCGACAACAAGCCAUGGGAGGCCCCAACCCAAAUGCCCAAAUGAACGUGAACACCGGAGGGGGAAUGGGUGUUGGGGGCAUGGGCAGCAUGAACAGGGGCUUUGGCAUGAACGAGCAGGGCCACAUGGGCCACAUGGGUCCGAUGGGAGGUGGCUCCAUGUACGGAGGCGGCGGAGGAGGCGGAGGUGGAGGCAUGGGCAACCGCAUGAUGCAGAUGAAUCAGAUGGGGCAGAUGAAUCAGGUGGGGCACAUGAAUCAGAUGAAUCAGAUGGGUCCCAUGAAUCACCCGGGCCAAGGCAUGCAGCAGCACCCGCAGCAGCCCCCGUUUCAGAGCAGCGGCGGGUUUGGGCUCAGUGGCAUGAACAGCCCGUCAGGGAGUCCCAGAAUGGGGGCCCCCCAGCAAGGACUCCUGAUGUCUCCACGGAACCGAGGGAGCCCAAAGAUGGGCAACAACCAGUUCUCACCGGGAGGCAUGCACUCUCCUAUGAGUGGCAUUGGCAGUGGUGGAGGAAGUGGGGGGAGCACCACUACCUUCUCCAGCAGUUCAUUGAAUGCUCUACAAGCCAUCAGUGAAGGGGUAGGGAGCUCUCUCCCUUCCACCCUCACAUCUCCCUCGCCAGCCCACAAACCCGACAGCUCUCCCAGCAUCCACUCCUCCUCUUCCUCCCAGCCCAGUCAGCCAACCAAACCAGUCCAGGAUGGCUCCAAAAGCCCAGCAGGAGGCUUAGGGCCUGGAUCCAGUGACCAUCACCACCCCAUGCACCAUCACCACCACCAUCAGCAUCCCCCUGCUGAGAGUUCUGGAGACCGACCUGACAGCCAGGCAGCUUCAGUGACUAAAGAGUCUGGAGAGGGAAGCAAUGAGGCGGGGGUGGCGAGCUCCGAACCUCCGCGUAGGGUGCCAGACAGUAAGGGGCAUAAGAAGUUGCUGCAGUUGCUAACAUCCCCAACUGAGGAGCUGGGAAUUGGUGGGAGUGGGCCAGCAGGGCCCCCUGUACCACCACCACCACCACCACCACCACCAGCCAGCAGCACUGCUGCAGGCGCAGACAGUAAGGACACCACCGGAGGCAUGACGAGCCCCUCAUCCACUGGGGUCUCAUCCUCAUCUUCAGCCAGCGCAGGUCAGGCGACUGGUCCAGGGGGCGUGUCAGCAACAAUAUCAUCCGCCCACUACACAGGUUCGCUGCAGGAGAAGCACAAGAUCCUCCACAAGCUCCUUCAGAACGGCAAUACUCCAGAUGAAGUGGCUAAGAUCACCGCCGAGGCUACGGGAAAGGUGUCACUCGGAGGCCAGGAGGGUGGCGAGGUUGGAACAGGUGGGUCAGGGGCUGGGUCAGGCCCUGCGUUGAUCACAGACCCCAAACAGGAGCAGCAUAGUCCCAAGAAGGAGAAGACCCAUGCGCUCCUUCACUACCUCCUCAACAAGGACGAUUCCAAAGAGCCAGUGGACGUCAAGCCCAAACUCGAAGAGCUAGAGGGGAAGGGGCCUCCAGGGGCCACUGGUGGCCCUCCACGUAGCGGCCCCGGACCUGGACCUGCACCCGAUCAUCCUGAAAGCAAGAUCAAGUCAGAACCACCUGAUGACUUGCACAACCUGGAGUCCAUCCUCGGAGAUCUGAGGGGUUCAAGCUCUGACUUUUACCCAGACCAGGCUGGAGGUGGAGGGGCAAGCGACACCGGAAACAAACCACAGGGUUGCCUUGAUGACAGCCUGCAGGGGAGUCCAGGCAUGGCUCCAGGACCUCGGGGGCACUUUCAAAGGACCAUGUCCAUGGAAGGGAAGCCUCCUGGUGGGCCUGGAGGAGCAGGAAGACGCCCCAUGCUUAUCAAGCAGGAGAACAUGAUGGGCAGCCCAGACGGCUACCCAGGAAACAUGGGACCGAUGAGUAGAGGCAUGGUGCCCCAGAGGUCUCCCAUGGGGGGUUCAGGGGACUGGGGCAUGCCCCGCUCCAGUGCCAGCCCUGUGGGCUCAGCAGGACAUCCGUCCAUGAUGCGGCCAGGGAUGGAGUACAACAACAACAAAGGCAUGAUGUCAGGACCGAUGGUCAGCCGCUCCAACAGCGUACCAGGCGCCAGGUCUAUGCUGCAGCAACAGCUCAUGGAUAUGGGAGGCUCUGCUGAUAUGGGCAUGGGUAUGAGUCCCUUCGGCCAGCAGGGCCAGCCCAACCAGUCCCCCUCCUGGCCGGAUACAAUGAUGGGCAUGGAGGGUAACAGACGCCAGUUUGGAAAUACCUUGGAUGAUCUCCUUGUGCCUCCCACCACCAGUGAGGGUCAAAGCGAUGAACGAGCGCUCCUGGACCAGCUGGAUUCAUUGCUGAAUAAUACAGAUGGCAUCGCUUUGGAGGAGAUAGACCGAGCGCUGGGCAUACCAGACCUUGUGAGCCAGACCCAGGGAGCAGAGCAGCAGCUGGAACAUUUUCCAGGGCAGGACCCAUCCAUGGUGCUGGAUCAGAAGCCUCUCUAUGGGCAGGGCUAUCCCGGACCCCCCGCCAUGCCUAUGCAGUCUGGCUAUGGGGGGAAUCCCAUGCAGGGUCAGGCCCAGCAGGGGGGGUUUGGGCCCAUGCUGUCACAGAUGGGCCAGGGCGGCAGCUUCCCUGGUAUGGGGGGAAUGGGGGGCAUGGGGCAUCCUCGUGCCAACAUGAUGAGACCCAGGAUGAUGAGUGCCAACAAGCCCAUGAGGCUCCAGCUGCAGCAGAGGUUACAAGGACAACAGUUCAUGAAUCAGACACGGCAGGGCAUGGCCAUAAAGAUGGAGAACCCGGGUGGGAACCCAGGCAUGAGACCUGGCAUGCAGCCUGGCAUGGGAGGACAGCCGAACUUCCUAAACGCCCAGAUGAUGGCUCAGCGCAGCCGGGAGAUGGUCACCAUGCAGAUGAGGAGGCAGCGCAUGAUGAUGCUGAUGCAGCAGCAACAGCAGCAGCAGGCGGCGGUGGCAGCUGCUGCAGCCGCAGGGGGAUUCAGUCCCCCUCCAAACGUCACGGCUCCCGGUGGCAUGGACAACCCUAUGGGAGGUCCAAACAUGGGCCAGCCCGGCCCCCAGCAGUUUGGCUACGGUGGAAACUACGGGAUGGGCCAGCAGGGAGAUCCCUCUUUUGGCCCAUCAGGGGGCAGUCCUCCUAACGCCAUGAUGCCCGGGCGCCUGGGGCCUCAAAAUCCCAUGAUGCAACAGCAUCCACAGGGUGGUCCCAUGUACCAGGGUGCUGAUAUGAAAGGCUGGUCGCAGGGAGGCAUGGGACGCAACAGCUCGUACCCUCAGCAGCAGUUUGGGCAGCAGGGACCUCCGGGGCAGCAGCAGUUUGGGCAGCAGGGGAAUCCAGGGCAGUAUGGAGGCAUGAUGAUGAACGGGGGCAUGCCGGCCAGUGGAGGAGGAGGUCACAUGGGCCAGAUGGGUGGACAGAUGGGUAUGAACCCAAUGGUUAUGGGACGCAUGCCUAUGGGGCCUGAGCAGAAAUACUGCUGAGCGUCGUGACAGAAACUUUUGUCUCACUGUGAUCACCCAGAGGAGGGACAUGGCUGCAGCACUGGAGUGUGUGGACUGUGACCAGGCGGUGCGUUUCUGUGUAGUGCUGCACUCACACCAGACGGGGGAGUGAACUCCCCUUCGGACUCACAGCCAGCAGUCUCAGUCUGGCAACCCUAGGAAAAACAGUGUUCACAAAAAUCAGAAACACUGUGACUUCUUCAACCGCCUAAAGACAGACAACUCUGUGACUCCUCUCGUAGACUAUAGUUUAAUAUUCCUCUCUUUUAUGGGCGGUGCGUGUGCCUCGGUGGACACACACACCUCUCGCUGGACCAAACGGUGAAGGUGGACAGACGCUCGAAUAGACCACAUGGACAAAAGACAUCCUCUCCUUUGUCGAAUGUACCACGAAGCUGCAUUCAGAUUCAAAAUGCGGGAUUCCUCUGUUUUUAUCCGCCGUCUCUCCGCUGCUCCAGGAGGAUCUUUGUAAACGCAGUUCUCGAUGACGAGCCAUCAGAUUGUGACACUGACGUGAAUGUCAUUACGCAGUAGCACAUUGUUUCCGGGCCGCCGCUGGGCUAAAGUACGACUGAAUUACUUGUUGGCUGAUUGCACUUUAAGGAAAAGCCAACAUCACAAGGAUUGUGGCAAUAUAGAGGCCUUUACCCAAGAAUUAAUGCAUAGCAGCAGACAUUUACUGUUUAUUUUUCUGUGUGUAUUCUCCACGCUUUCCUCUCUGAGUGAAGGAGGCUGUUGAUUGGAAAUGGGUAAACUUGAGGAUCUUUGCUCUUCUAAGUGGGAACCAGUAGAAAGGCAGUAAGCACACAUUUUAUCCAACGACCUUGUCGACGGUGCACCGAUUUAUUACAUUUUUAAAUGAAACAUCUUCUAUUAACGCUCAAACCUCCACCUAUAUUUCUACAGAUUCACGAGAUGGCGAUUUUAUCCUUCAAGAGGUGAUUUUUAACUCAAAAAUAAUGCAGAUAUUUUGGUUACUUUGCAUCUGUUUGCAGUGUUACCACAAGUGCAGAGAUAAAACAGAUUUGCCGGUUAUGAAAUUUACAUCUCGACUAGCUCACACUGCAAGAGAAAGGUUUCAGCGUGAGGUCUCUAGCAAUAAUCCUUCCUCCUGGUUUUCCUCUGAGGACAAAGCUGAAGUUUACUCAAAGCGAUGGUACUGCAGUAUUAGCCAUGAUGUCUUGUUUGGAGCUUUUUCCCCCCUCUCGUCUGUGAAUAUGAAUUGUAAAUAUGCUUCAAAUGUACUAUAUAUAAAUAUAUAUAUGCUUUUGUAGGUCACAUACUGUUUUUGCACAGAUUGUAAGGCUUGAUAUUUAAAAGUGUAAUUUUCUUAUUCUGUCAUAGGUCAGCUUUUUAUUUUCAAUACUUUAACCAUCUGUCAGAAAGGAAAGGGCCUUUUUUCUAAAGCAGUACGUGUAGAUUUUCUGCCAAUUUCCUCCUCUCAGAAAGCACUUUUUUUUUUUAUUUGUGAUCUUCAAAAUCAUUAAGUUUUCAUUAUUUUCUGAGGACAUAACUAUUAGCUAAAGAGGUGCUAGUGGGUACAUUUUCCUUUUUUAAUAAAUUAUUUUUCCUUUGAUGAAAAAGCAACAACAUACGCCUAUAUAAAAAGAGUUGACACAUGAUUGUGUUUGGCUUCUAGGGGCCCAGAUGUCUUACCAGUAUGUAGGGUUGACCCCAUGCUUCCAUUUACGACCUAAGUUUCACCGUCGAGGUUUUUGAAUUUUGCCCAUUUGGUCGAUCAGCCUCCGAAACGAGACUUUGGAAAAGUCAGUCCUGCAUUGUAACCUGUCUGUAAGUCCGUUCACUUUGUUCACAGAUGUUUCAAACCGAAGGAAGCAACACAAGAAGGAGUUUAAACCUCCAGACUUAUCUCAUGACGAGUGAUUUUUUUUCUUUUUUUACAUUUGAGUUUUCCUUUAUUCCUUCCUGUGAAGCUUUUGUUGAAAAAUCUACCUUUGAACACACGCUCAAUCCAAAGAUUUUUGUUUGUCAUUCUGCGGUGUGUAGAAACCGUUUCCUGGCGUAGAUCGUGCGAGUACUCACGUGUGCUUUUACUGUUGCGCAUAACCUAUUAUACACAUCAAGCUAAGUACGUUUAAUUGCAUAUAUUAUAGCCCCAUCCAUAUGAAAUAGAGUAGAAACGAGUCUGGUUCUGCUGAGGUGGUUUUCGUUUGUGAUUGUUUCUUCCUUUCUGUAGACCUUAUGGCCAGUCGAAUUGUGGUGCUGCAAACAGUUAUUUCACAUGAGAAUGUUUUUAUUUUUUAAGCUGGAAAGGAGGUUUCAUUCAUGAUUGAUGUCAUUUAUGUCUGUGAAUAAUAGCCUGGAUUUUUUUUCAUUUUUUUUUUCUAUUUGAUGAAAUGUAAGUCUCAAUGAAGAAAAGACUAAUCUACAAACAUACAAAAAAAAAGUGUUUUGCUUUAAAGGAAAAAAGCUCCUCUCGUGCGUCAUUGGAGCUAAAGAAAAUCACAUCUGGGAAGCAUUCAUUCAUUAGUACAGGAUGUAAAAUACUCUUGGGUUUUUUUCUUACCUUGUUCCUUGAUGUUAAUAUUGAUGUAAAUACAAAUUUAUAUUUAAACAUUA